UAAAGCAUACGCCAGCGGCAACGUGCGCACUGUACAAACUGCAAAGGUCUUUGGAAAUGUAAUUUUUCUACGCAUCGAUGGACUACAGCUUUAUCCGUACAGUAUUACCGAUUUGUAGAACCAGUUCUCAACAGCUGCAUGGAAUGUUUCAGCCAUCUUGCUUCUUGUGACGUGAUCAUAUUCGACGAACUGUUGUUUACGUUCCUACUGUUAAAGUCACGAAGCUUUAACGGCACAAUUCGACAUUCUGACGUUCGGCCAGUUUUGUCAUUACUUUCUUGCCCAAAGAUUUUGUUGCAGUAUUCCCAGUGUACAUACAGUUAAGGAAUUGAAACAACAUCAAGUAUUAAAUUAACCGAGAUAAACGAAAGAUACUGGAAAAAGCUGUCCGGAGACCCGCAAAUUUUUCGACAGAAUUCCAAAUAUGGCUGUCGUACCCAGCGAAUCAGUUCUGCUUAAACCGGAAGUGGAUCAUCUGAAAAGUGGAUCAGCUAGUGCGCCAAAUUUGUUGCUGUCCCGAUCAGUCUCGGCAACAAGCGAUGAAGGAGUCGUGUCUGACCUGGAGCAUCCAGCGCUGCACUGUACAGAAUCAGACCCAGUCAUCCGGCGACGGAAAUCGCAUAUCGCCGAAGAUAGCGUAGACUGUGACAUUCUCCCCUAUCGUCAUUCGCGGAGCCCGGAUUCGUCAUCGGACGAUGAGGCCGAUAUGCGAAAUGUUGGCAAUCGGCUGGAGAGUUUCAGUCGGUGGCCCUUGACAUUUUUAUCGCCUUCGUCGCUGGCGGUAACGGGAUUCUUCUAUACGGGUGUGGCAGACCGUGUGCGCUGUGCAUAUUGCGGUGGAGUGCUUGCCCAAUGGGCGAUGGGAGAUAAUCCCAUCCACGAACAUCGUCGACAUUUUCCCAGCUGUCCUAUGUCCAGAAAAUCCUUUAUCGUGCAGAACCAGACUUCCGAUCUUGUUGGACAAGAUGUUUGUGGAUUAAAUUUUACCGUGCGAAGCGCUGAAGACGAUCCUUUAUAUGUUCCGUCUAUGGCGGAAUAUCGAGAUCGUUUUGGUACAUUUGCCAACUGGCCGGAAGACAGGAUACAGUCGCCGAGAGAUUUGGCGCUGGCUGGACUGUUUUAUACGGGACGGAACGAUCGGGUGCAGUGUUUCUACUGUGGACAGCAGAUCGAGCGCUGGGAUCCGCAAGACGAUGCAUGGACAGAGCAUGCAAAAUGGUCCCCCAGCUGUGGGUAUUUGGUGGAAAAAAAGGGGCGGGAUUUCAUCGAGGGUGUUUUGGAGCGAUUUGGAUUGUCCAAUUCGUCAUCCGGUUUUGAAGAAGCUCCCUCGUCAUAUUCAUCGUCAUCGCGGGGUUCUAGUUAUUCUGAUGCUAGCAUGUCAGAUGACGACGAUUUGGAGCCCGAGGAACGGCUUAUUAAAGAAGCGUAUCAGCGGCAGUGUAAUCCAGAUUAUGUCCAAGAGGCGUUACAGAAGCGCCGAAAUUGUGCAUACCCAAAAUUUCGAAAUGUUGAAGAAAUCAUCAAAGCCGUCAAAGAAAUCGAGACGCAGCAUGAAUUGAAAAAAAAAUUGAUUGAAGCAAACAAAAUAGAGGCCAAGACCACAGAAGUUCCAUUAACUUUGGAAGAAGAAAACGAAAGAUUACGCCAGGAGCGUCGAUGUAAAGUGUGCUUGGACAAACCUUGCAAUAUGGUGUUCCAGCCGUGUGGACACGCUGCCUGUUGUCACACCUGCUCCGAAAAGCUACAGUCUUGUCCAGUUUGUCGACAAUCCAUCCAGUCGAGGAUGAGGGUGUAUUUUUCUUAGUGUGUAUGGUGUCACGGUCGAGUAUCUUCUUGCUUUCUCUGAUAGUGGCACAAGUUUUGCUUGGUCUCGAUUUAUUUUCGACUGUGAUGUGGAAAGGAAUCUUUGAGUGGUUUGCAUAUUUUAUGUUUUCAUACUUUACCAUAGUGUUUUUGUUCCUAGUUUCUCGAGAUGAGCAUAGGCGAAGUGGUUGUUUUCUGUACGGAUGUAUUAGUUUGGGAAUAUUGUGGUGCUUUUCUGGUGUUUCUUGCGUUAUUUACUUCGUGGAAACAGAGGUGUUUAUCAAUAAAAUUUUCGUA